GACACUCAAUUGCCAAUUACUCUGUCGUCUAGCUCUGCUUCUGGCAAUGCUUUUGGCGCUGGCCAGCUGUCAGGAUGAUCUCGAGGUGGACUAUUCCAAUGAGUACGACGAUGUGCGACCCCAUUUGGUUUAUCCCGAUGAGCCGCGACUCGACAAACGCUUGAGUUCCGCUGCUCAGCAGUUUGGCGAGAGCGUCAAGAACGCUUGGCAAUCGAUGGUCGACUCGUUUCACAACUACUUCGAGGAGCUGCGCGAUGUCUUCUCCGAUGGCGUCAACAACAACAACGCCGAAGAUUUGGCAAAUGCCAAUUAAAUGUUGUCUUUGAUUUGUGCACAAAUAAAUGCAUAAUAUC